CAAGUGUCAAGUCGUUUUUUUGAUCGUUAAUUAUGACCGUGUAAAUACUUUUAGCAAAUAUGGACAAAAAACAUCGACGAAUAUUACAACAAAAUAGGGUUUUAAUUAAAGAUCUAGAGCCUUUGAACCUAUUAGGCUACCUUUAUCAAGAGGGCGCCAUCAUUGAGGAUGACAUGGACAGAGUCCGGGCAAAGGAUACACGAAAAUUACAAGCCGAAGAACUCCUAAGCAUCGUACCAAGACGAGGAGGAAAAGCCUUCGAUCGCUUCUGUGACGUUUUGUUUAAAUUUGACGGACAAAAGCAUUUGGCAAAAAAAUUGAAGGCGGAUGUCGAGAAUAAGAAAGAUCGAGUGAACAUAAACACGACUGAUAGUCCUACUGGUCUUCAACAAAAGCUUACUCCCAAUCAAAUCACAGUUCUUCCAACUGAUAUGCGUUUCAUUCCUCAGUCAACACUUAAUGACUUCGACAAUGUCUACAAAAUGCAAAGUGUUCCAAGAGGACUGUGUUUGAUCAUAAACAACAAUAAUUUUGACCCACAGGCAGACUUAAAACAGAGAGAAGGGUCGGACAAGGAUGCAGCAAACCUUCAACAGCUGUUCCUUUCUCUUCAUUACACAGUCACAGUGCUACGUAACACAACAGCUCUAAUACUUAGAAGCAAGAUGAGAGAAUUUGCAAUGAGACCAGAGCAUGUCGAUAUGGACUCCGUUGUGAUUUGUAUCUUAAGUCAUGGUUUGGAUGGAAAGAUAUAUACUAUUGAUGGUGAGCUGAUCCCGAUAACAGAUCUUAUAUCAACACUUAAUGGCCAGAACGCGAGAGGCUUGAUCGGAAAGCCAAAACUGAUCUUCAUUCAAGCCUGUCGUGGAGGAAAGGUUGACAAAGGUGCAAGUUUAGAUCAAAUUGACUCAGGUGAAGUGACCGUUAAAACUACCUCGGAAAUUCUUCAUGACCUUUACCAAGGUGAAGAUGAAAUAGACUCAGGAUCAAAUCCAUUUGCUAUGGUUCCAGCUGAAGCAGAUUUCUUGCUUGCUUAUUCCACAGUUCCAGGAUUUGUUUCUUGGCGUAAUUCUGAGAAAGGCUCAUGGUUUAUCCAAGCUUUAUGUGAAAUAUUCAUGACUUAUGCUGGAGAAGAAGAUCUUGUGAGUAUGUUGGUUAGAGUCAAUAGAAAAGUUGCGAGAGAGUUUCAAUCUUACCAACAGGAAAAACAAGUCCCAUCUCCCGUAGUUCGUUUGACCAAAAAGGUGUACUUUUUCCCAGGCUAUCAAUUCAUGCCCUCCACUGCCAUCUGAAGUCAGUAAAAUGUAGCAUUCAAGAGUGUAUAUGAAUUACAGCAAAAUACUCAUUCAUUGAUUUCAUUCUCAUAAUUCCAUUAUAGAUAAGAUAUUGUUGUAGGUACAUUAAAUGUACUUGAUCGCCA